AUGAUAAUCUCCAGAGUCAGACUAUGGACUUGGUACGUUGUCAGACGUUUCGGCGGCAUCGUCAGUGAAUCUUGCCAGUCUCAACGCCAAACUACGCCCCAUCAAAGAGACAAGGGAAGUCAAUCCAUUGACCAGCAUUCUAUCGUAGCGGUUGCUCAAUCAAUCCUCGUUCUGUCCUGGCCCUUUUACUAUUUCCUACCCUCUAUUGUCUCCCCUUCGUACUACCGCAAACUUGUGACAUGUUUAAAUUCCACAAAACGUGUGCCCUUUCGGCGAAUUUACCGUGGCGUCAUCACACCUUCUGUCUGUCUUGCUCCCCUCCCUUUCAAAUGGCUUAUCCGACUCGAUUCUCCUGUCCGGAUCAUCUCCGUUUACCCUGAACAAACUAUGAACUUCUGUCUCUGGUCGCCUGCCUCAUCUCGAGUGGACUAUUAA